AUGUGUACAAAUAACUCUACACCUUCAUAUACAACACAAUAUUCCACUUCAUCAAUGGAUUCAAAUUCAAAUGAUAGUGAAGGAUGUUCAUUGGAUAAUACAAUUGAAUAUGGUCCAAUUAAAAUUCGUCAAAUUCGAAAACCAGCUCCAACAAUUGCAACUGGUCGUCGACCAAAAAGUCUUGUUCUUACUGGUGAUGAAGCUAUUAAACGUGAACAAAGACGUGAAAAAAAUCGUGAAGCAGCAAGGAAAUUAAAAGAACGACGAAAAUUAAUUGAAAAAGAACUUGAUCAACAAUUAAGGGAUCUCGAAGGUGAACAUUCAAGUUUACAAAAUUGUCUUCAACAACUUCGAGACAGAAAACAAACUUUACAAACUGCAGUUAACAAUUGUUUUCGUGAUCCCAUUGACGAUUUAUUAUCGAGUAAUAGUCCGGAAAUGCUUCUAUUCUUCGAGCAAUAUUUAGACGAUCCAGAUCUAUUUGAUGAAUCAAUAGAAAGCAUUUUAAAUUUUUAG